UCCGAUCAAGAAGAAGAAAAGUGAAAGAAAAUUGGCGGCUGUGGAGUUUUUAAUACGUGUUUGUUUUUUGGGAAUAAUUAUAUUCGUUCAUAUUCCUAGCAAAUUUUAAGAAACUAAUAUUGUGAGUGGUGUGGUGCAUACAAAAACUUAGAAAAUUGUGUAUCGUUAUACUUAUGAUUAGAUCUUCAGAAUUUCAUCGGCCAAAAAUUAUCAUUGUAGGGGUUAAUCCUAAUUGCUGCAUUAAAUUACGCCCUAUUAGAACAGAUUUCAACAUAAAUAACUUUCACUGGAUGAAUGCUACUGCUAAAAAAAGUGUGGUUUGUAAAGACUCGUUGGUGUACUGUACUAAAUGUAAGGAAACAACUCGAUCUAUACCUCAAACAAAAAAAGGUUGAGCAAAGUAAGCUACUCCCAGAAAUACGAGGGCAAAAAAUAAAAACCAAAUGGUUAAAAAGUGUGCGCAAUCGUCUCACAAACAGGAUGCGCAAAAAGAGUGUAAAAAGCUUACGGUAAAAGUAAAAAGAAUAAAUGCAGACAAAAAACUUUGCUAUUCAAAGGAAAAAGAACGAAGCUCUCAUAAGAAACAUGAGUGUGAACCAAAAAAAUCAGCAAUAUCUGGAUGUGCAAACGCAGUAGCAUUGCCGGAUCAAUGCACCACUAAAUUGAGUGAAGAGACUACUAAGUCAAAGUGUCACGACCCAAAGUCAUUUAAAAGAGCAGUGGUAAGAUUAAAACGCCUUAAAUUUGACACCAUUACCAGACUAGCACCCACUGAUCUAUCAAGAGAAUCAGCAUUAUUUGGAUCUUUAACCGCAUUGAAUGUGCAAGGUGAGUACUCCCCAAGCUUGUGUAAAGAGCCUAAAGGAGCAAAUCAUCAACUAACAUCGGUUAAAAAGGCAGUGGUAAGGUUAAAACGCUUCAAAUUUAUCAGACCAUUGGCAUCUGCUUAUCAAGCAAGAGAUAAUAUUAAUUAUCAAGUAUCUGGAUACUCAAAGCUUAGAAGAGAGCCAAAAAAAUCAAUACAACCUAAAGUCACAAAAUCAGAUUGCAAACAAUUUAAAUCUUCAAAACUAAACGAAAAUUUAAAAAAAGUCGAAAAGGUGACUGACACUAAGAUGAAGACCAGAUUUCAAAAUAAAAUUUCCAAAGGGCUGGAUAUAACGCCGAAAUCAAAAGAAAGGCCCAGUCAGAAAGCGUCUGUAUCAAAAAAUGUGCCAAAAAAAUCAAUACAACCUAAAGUCACAAAAUCAGAUUGCAAACAAUUUAAAUCUUCAAAACUAAACGAAAAUUUAAAAAAAGUCGAAAAGGUGACUAACACUAAGAUGAAGACCAGAUUUCAAAAUAAAAUUUCCAAAGGGUCUGAUAUAACGCCGAAAUCAAAAGAAACGCCCAGUCAGAAAGCGUCUAUAUCAAAUAAUUUGUUCCGUAAGCAGCAUGGCCUAAUAAUGGAUUUAGUUAUGACCCCGGAUGAUCGUAAUAAUAUGAAUAAGCUAAGUUUAAGGAAAAGGACAAGUAAGCGGAUUUCAGCAGAUGGUAACGCCACAAAAACACUUGAAACCCUCCGAUUUAGUCCUGUAAGAAAUUCAACUACAUAUGCGAUAGAUGUAGGAACGUUGAGCGAAAAAAUGUGCAAUGAAGAAUCUCUAAAUUUGACGAGGAAAAGUCGGGAUAGAAGUGGGCCAAAUAAAGAUUCUUCUAAUUCAGAAGGAAAUCGGUUACCCAAAAAUAUCGCAAAUAAGCCCGAUUUGAUAGAGCAAUUACUUUGUAGCGAUGAAGAGCAACAAACACACACAAGAGAAGAACGAAAUGAAAGAAACGAAAGCCAGGCAACAAAGCCCGUAAAUAGAACGCAUAAAUUUUUCCACCGUUCGCCCAAAACUCAACCACAUUCGAAUAAACUACCAGCUGAGUCGGAAAAUAUUUUUGAGUUUUUAUCUCAAUCCGAUACUUCGAACACCCAAAUAGAUAAAUGCAAAGACCCAGCGGCGGAUAUAAUAAAAAAAAUGAUAUCUGAUGGGAAGGUGCGUGUGGCUGUUAAUAAUAAGGGGAGGGGCCGACCUAUUUUGAAACGAUGCCAACGAAAAAAUCGACGGAAGAAACAGAUUGGACGCAAAAAUAAAACAUCGCAGGAGAAAGAUUCCUCUAAAAAAACUGCAGCACCCACUAUUAAAGAUGGUGUGCUUCAAAGUGAAGUUCAUAACAAUUAUGACCAUGACGAUGAUAAUGGUAGUCAAAAUUUGAAUGAUCAUCUAAGUUACUCUGCAACGAAAGAUGCGGAAGCAGACGAGCAUGUAAGUGACGGAGGCUUUAGCCGCUUAGCUCGAUCAGUGUUGUUGCAACAAACAAAGAAAUAUGAAAAUACUCGCAUAAAGACCCUCGCUGAGAAACGACGCCUGCUCGAAGUCGCUCGUAAAUUUGUUAGUACGCCAGCAUCGAACCGGAUGAAGGGAAAUCUGCCUACAGCCGAUAUAUCACCUAUUCAAGCACCCAGCAUGCAAAGUCGCCCAGUGUGUCCUUCACCGUGGCGAAUCGAUGAAGAUUUGCAUCUGCCGAGUGUAUUUAAUUUCACCAAAAAUACAUCGUAUUUGCCAACAUUUUCGAGUGAUUAUAUUCCUGCAACUCCGAAAAAGAAUAAAUCAAAUAAUAGUUCUCAAUUGGGUAAUGAGACCAAUGUGCCAAUUGAGAAGUCUCCAGUAACAAAGCAGGGCAAUUUAACCAACAUACCGAAUAAUAUAACAAGCAGCGAUUCGAGUGGAUGCUUGCAAGGCUCACGAGGAAAUGACUCGAAUGCAGAAAAUAUGCCGCCAACAGAAGUAACUCCUGCCCGAAAUCUAUCGAACAACGAUGAGAAUGCCGUCAUAUUCAAUGAAUUGCCUAAUCCCCGCCGGACACUCAAAUACCGAACCCCACUCAAAGCCAUUAAUGUAAUAGAAGUUAUAAAUUUGCCGCCGUGGAAAAAACCAACGAAUGGUGAUGAUCAAAACGAAAAAAACGUUAAAACAGUUAACUUUGAUAGUAACAAAGAUGAUGAAACACAUAAUGCGGACGAUUUAUUUGGGUUCGAGGAAUUUUUAGAUCAAAGCUCUGAUAAUGAUGAGGUUUCAAAUGCAGGCAAUAAAACAGUGGCGAAGAGGAUAUCAACAAAACGAAACUUACGCAAAAAACUCAAGGAAUUAAAAAAGUGGCGACCAAAAGACACGGUUCGUGAUACUUCCAACACAUCCGAAAAGCCGCCUUUUGUAUUUAACGAAAAUGGAGACAGACCGAAACAACGGCUUAUUAAGGAAAUGCUCUGCUCUACCAUGAUUAACCAAAUGCAUGACAAACGUCCUGGAAAAGAUGAAAGAACAGAAUGUAAUAGGGAAGAGGGUGAUGUGCAACCAAUUGAAACAGAUUUUUUUAAUGACUAUGAGCCGGAAGAUUCAUUUCAGAAAAAGCCACAGCGGACCUAUGCCCGACCUGUAAAGCGAAAACGCAAAGCUGUGAAAAAUUUCGUUAUGUUUCUCGACAGUGAGGAAUCUAAUUCAGACUCUGAAGAGGACGAACACAAGCAGAAAAAAAGGGUUCAAAAGAAGAAACGACAUGCAGCACACGAUGAGCCUGAGGCAAAUCCUCAAUUGGAAUCUUUUGUGAGUGAAUUCAACAGCAUGUGCAAGGAAGUGGAGAACUACGAGCUGCUUGUGGAAUAGUGUGAAAAUAUACAAUAUAAUUUAUAAUUUAAGCUUUUAUUACUUGUAAUGCAUGAAUAUAUGUAUGUAAAUGUAUUUUUAUUUGCCUUUUAAAGGUAUUUCGGUAUUAUAAAUGAAAUCGUUUAUUUUUUUGGAUAUACACAUAUAUUUCUUUAACGCCGUACAUCGCAAAUCUGUGGACAUAAAUGCACAUAGAAAAAUAAAUCUAUGAUCAACUUAUCGGCAAACUACAUA